AUGACGCGACAAAAUCAAAUCCAGCUCGCUGACACUACGACUACCGCAUUCAUACCGCUCUGGGAUAUGUGCAACCAUGAACAGGGCAAGAUAACAACAGACUACAAUAAGAAACUGAACAGGGGCGAAUGCUACGCGCUGCGUGACUUCAAAGCUGGAGAACAAAUUUUCAUCUUUUACGGAGCGCGAUCGAAUGCCGACCUUUUCCUUCACAAUGGGUAUGUUAAUAUUAUUUUGUUGAACUAUAGAGAGAUAAAUUAA